GCGUCGCUGUGGGCAGAUGGAACAAACCCCGAGAGCUGCCGCGGGGUCCACAAGAAGUGUUGUUGUCAUGAAGAGAUGCAUUUUGUACUAAUGGUUGUGCUUUGCAGCGAAACCUUCCAGCAUAGCGUCCUGACGUCAGUAAUGAGCGCAACUCGGCAGAAACCCGGAGGUUCAGGCCGCGUGGCUCCGGGCUCCACCGCUCCGUCUGCACGCGCCGCGGCUGCUCACCCACAUUUGUUUCAAGAUUUGGCAUGAAACAUCGGGAGGCUGAGGACGGAGCAGAGAGCUUCACGUUGUAGUUAAGAGACUCUCGCCUGGCUCCAAGAGCAUCGGGUCUGUCCCCGUCUCAGGUCCAGAAUGUGCGAGGCGACUGCAGAUCUGGACGUGGAGGAGAUGAAAGCGGAGGCGACCUCAGAGCUGCUCCCCGAGCCGCUGCUGUUAAUCCUAUCCCCACCUCCGCCCUUCUUACCCGCCCCCGGUGAGCCGGCCAUGCUGUGGCCCAAAUGGCUGAAUGCUUUUGAGCACUACUUGCAGGCGCUCGGUGAGAAAGAGCUGGCAGACUCCAGCAGGCUGGCGCUGUUACGGAACUGCCUGGGCCCCGAGGGCGAGCGCGUCAUGGCCGCUCUGAUCCGGAGCCGCAGCACCUACGCCGCUGCCGUUUCGGACCUGACCGCUCACUUCAGCUCUGACCCCGCCUCGCAGGGCCACCGCCUGACUUUGGGCGCGGCGUUGGCCGUCGGUAAAGAGGUGGAGCGCGUUUUGAAUAAACCUCGCUUUGAUAUUCACGAGGUCGUCGUGGACAUCGGAGAUGAUUUGGAGCCCCCCGUUCAGAGAAAAGCCAAACGAGGAAGGCCUCGUCGAGGGGAGCGGCGGCCCCAAACGAAACCGAGCGCCCCCAAACCCCAGACCAAAUCGUUAAGACGCAAAGAUGAGUACUACUUCAGUAAUGACGAGCUCUAUUACAGCGACAGCCGCGGGGACGCGCCCCAGGCUGCUGGUCAGGCCCGUCCGGCUCAGGGGAACGCAGCCCACCAUGAUCCCGGGGCUUCAGGGGCGGAGGAGGAAGGCAGCUGCAACGGCGUGGAAGACAAAGGCCGAGAAGACCACGAGGAUGGAGACUUUGUGCUGUCUUCGGACAAAGGAAAGGCCACCUGUUGCCCUCUGUGUGUCAACAGACGCUUCAGAGACGCGCACAAGCUGGCCAGACACAUGCGGACGCACACCAAGGAGAAGCCCUUCAGCUGCCCGGUCUGCGCCAUGCCGUUCAGCCAGUCCUACCACAUGACGCGGCACGUGAGGAACCAGCACGGCCUCGGCCAGCACGUCUGCUCCAAGUGCGGGAGGAGCUUCGGCACCUGGCUGGACCUGAAGACGCACAGGAAGACCCACGCCGUGGAGGGCCUGACGUGCCUGGCGUGCGACAAGCAGUUCAAAGAGAAGGCGGCGCUGGCGAGGCACCUGAAGCUGCACCGGAAGGUGGAGGCCAGCCCCCGGAGCCUCAGCUGCAGCGACUGCGGCAAAGCGUUCGGCCGCAUGUACCACCUAAAGAGGCACAUCAUGACCCACCGCAAGGGGGCCACGGCCGAGUGCUACGCCUGCCCCGACUGCCCGAAGAGCUUCGCGUUCCCGGAAGACCUCAACAAGCACCUGCAGGUCCACGUGAAGGAGAGCAGCGGCACCUGCUCCAAGUGCAACCAAUCCUUCGGCAGCGCCGAGGAGCUGGAGACCCACAUGCUGCUCCACCAGAAGAGCUUCGCCUGCGCCACCUGCGGCAAGAAGUUCAAGGUGGAGUACGCCCUGAAGAAGCACGAGCAGAGCCACGGCAGCGAGCCCUACUACUGCUCCCGCUGCCGCAAGCGCUUCCCCAAGCUGUCCCUCUACAAGCGGCACGUCCUGGUCCACGACCGGCGCGAGGCCAAGUGUCCGCACUGCGAGCGCGUCUUCCUGCAGCUGACCGCGCUCAAGUACCACCUGCGGACGCACACGGAGCAGCGGCCGCACCAGUGCAGCUGCUGCAUCGAGAGCUUCCCGGAGCGGGCGGAGCUGGAGCGCCACAGCCUGCGCCACCGGAAGCUGAAGAGGGAGCGGCCCUACUCCUGCACGCGCUGCGACCGCGCCUUCCCCUCGCUGCUGGAGCUGACGCAGCACAUGGGCUCGCACCGGGGCGAGCAGCCGCACGCCUGCACCGUCUGCGGCCGCACCUUCCUCAACAAGAGCAAGCUGGAGCGCCACGUGAGCAUCCACACGGGCGAGCGGCCGCACCUCUGCUCCGUCUGCGGCAACGGCUUCCCCUCCGCCGCCAGCCUCAAGCUGCACCUGCACAUCCACAGCGGGGAGAAGCCCUUCCGCUGCGCGCAGUGCGGGAAAAGCUUCCGCUCGGCCAGCGGCCUGCGCCUGCACGGCCGGCAGCACCUGGACGAGCGGCCCAGCUACGAGUGCCCCCAGUGCGGCCGCACCUACGGCCGCAUGACGGAGCUGAAGAUGCACCAGCGCUACCACACCGGGGACAAGCCCUACGUCUGCACCUACUGCGGCAAGCGCUUCAUCAGCAAAGACAAGCUCAACGUUCACAUGAGGACGCACACGGGGGAG